AUGUCUGCUUCAGGAACCAAGCUUGUUGUUGUAGGCGAUGGUGCUGUCGGAAAGACAUGCCUCCUUGUCGUUUAUUCUAAAGGUGAAUUCCCGAAGACAUACAUCCCAACUGUUUUCGAUAACUACACAGCUAAAGUUAAGGUUGAAGAUCAAGUUGUAAAUGUACAGUUAUGGGAUACAGCUGGUCAAGAAGAAUUAGAAAACCUUAGAACUUUAUGA